AUGAAUGACAAUAAUGAUGAUAAUAGUGCUAAUGAUGAUAGUCAUGAAGAUGAUGACAGUAGCAGCGAUAAUGGUAAAAUAAUAAUGACGAUGAUAGCAGCAGUGAUAAUGAUGAUAAUAAGGAUGAUGUUAAUAGCAGUGAUAAUGAUUGCUAUGAUAACCUCCUGUUAG